GUGUGUGUGUGUGUGUGAGAGAGAGAGAGACAGAGAGACAGAGAGACAGAGAGAGAGGAGGGGAAGAAAGUGGGAGAGGGUGAGUGAGAGAGAGCAAGAGUGUGUGUGUGUGUGUGUGUGUGUGUGUGUGAGAGAGAGAGAGAGAGGGAGGAGGGGAAGAAAGUGGGAGAGAGUGAGUGAGAGAGAGCAAGAGUGUGUGUGUGUGUGUGUGUGAGAGAGAGAGAGAGAGAGAGAGAGAGAGCAAGAGAAUGGCUGUUCAGACGGCUGGCAUGGCCUGGCAGCUGCAUUGUUGCCAGGGUGCUUUCCAAGAUGUGAGAUCGUUGAGUGGUUGGACAGCCUCCUGCUCAUCAACAUGGAACAGUUCUAGCCCGAGUGCGGCAUUUGUGCUCAGAAGAUGCAGGCAGCACAAGAUGAGCAUAAAGACAGAGGAUCACAACAAAAGAUAUUUCCUAGCAGAGAUGCCUUGGCAGCCAAUGCGCCAAUGCGACAUUGCGAUGUGCCUCCGAGCGUGGAGGCAGUGGGCUCAGAUUCAGAUAUGGGUGGCUAUGGCAUUGGAUGCCAACGGCCGAUACAACGAAUGUAUCUUGUUGUAUAAAACUUUGGAAGCAAAGCAUCCAGCAAAGAACAUACGGCGACAAGCAAUGGACUUGAGGUUCAUCCUGGAGGCUCCAAAAUUGAAGAUAUCCAAAGAUGAGAUGGUAUCCAUACCAAUUAUUGAUGCGGAUCCUAACAGCAGCGUCGCCGGAAAGAAGUCUUGGACACAGACGGCAAGGGAGAGGCAGUCGCGAGCUAGGAUGAUGCGUGCAAAGAUCUACGAUCCUUUGGAUGACAUUCUGAAUUUUAAGAAACCACCGACAUGGCAGGAAAACCCGUACGUGUACGUGGCGUUCAGCGUUUGGUCGACUCUGGUCAUCAUCUCUCUGGUGUUUGGGAAUCGCCACUGACAGGAGCGUACUGGCAAUAGACUUUCCUAGAUGCACCCGACUGCACGUGCGGUCAGAUUCAGUCGAAAAAGACCGAAAGUCUGAGUAUGCCCUGACUCUCCAAAAACUCAGUUUGCAACUUUGCGGUCUGAAAGAGCCAUGAGGUGUGAAUGUCACAUUGAGGCCAAAAACCCUGCGGACUACUCCCAUGCUCCAGCGGAGGUGGUAGGUGAGCCUGACGAAGCAAUCUCUACACGGCGAUUCGAGUCUGGCCCCUAGAUUCCUCCGAUCAAUGGCCUCAGAUGUGACUUCGCUCCCAGCGACUGGCUAUUCGCUAUUCGACAUAUGUGGUCACAAUCGCGGAAUCGGACCGGAUUCCACCAAGCGAGAUGUGUCCCAGAACGCCACCGACCUGGCGUCAGGGUAAUCGACGACACCGGCCUGUGGCGGAAAAAGUCACUGUUCAGGUUAGUGCAUUGCCAAUUUGCCACCCCCCCCAAAAAACAAGUCGUUCCGGCAUUUCAGACGGUGGCCGCCGGCUUGGCGCCAUCUUUGGCGCCGGCUAUUGGCUAUAUGAAGGAAGUAAGUACGGUAUAGCAAACGCUUUCUUAGCGUUAUUGGUGCUUACCUACGCGCGGGGCACCACAAGACAGUGGUGCCCCGCCCACUACAGAGCCCACAAGCAAAACCCUUGUACCAUGGAAUAGAUAAGGGGCAGGGUCCCAUUGGUGUUGAGCAAGGGUGUCAUCUCUCUCUUGCGAAAUUAUGACAGGGUAGCGGUCUUCAGCUAUUGCACUGGUGUUCAGCUAUAGCCAUCCGCUUCAGCCACCGGCUAUGGGCGCCUGCUAUAGGCACCUGGUAUGCUAUCUUGUCUGAUCGUGGCACAGAUGCAGAUGUUGGGCUAUUGCCAGGCCCACCUUUAUCUAUCCGCUCUCUAUUUCAAUUUCAACCAUAAAACGGAUGGCAGGAAAAAAAAAAAAAAAAAAAAAAAAAAGAUUAAAAAAAAUAGAUUUUUUUUUUUUUUUUUUAGAUGCUGGCUGGAAAAUCACCAUGGAAUCACCCUCUGAAUUUGGUGUUUCCGGCAACAUAAUUAAAAAAAAAAAAAUUUAACGAAGCAAUAAAAAAAAAAAAAAAAAAAAAAAAAAAAAAAACAGAUGGCAAGUGAUAGUGGAGAUCCGGAAAUCAACAGUGAUUAACAUCAUAUUCUCCUGAUGGGUCAGCAUGGGUAUAAUGGGUAUUGUACUAUUGUGUAUUAUUGUCACGUGCCCCUUCACUCAGUUGAGCGCUCGUUGUGGCCCACAUCUUAGGCCCCAUGUUAGCCCCAAUUUCAGUCCAGAGGGAUGCACUUGUUUACCCUGCAUUUUAGCCUGCACUUAAAGCCCCCAUUUAGCCAACAAUUAGCCCCUGCAUCCCCCAUUUCAACCCUCGUUUUAGCCCCCCAUUUUGGCCCCAAUUAGCCAACCAUUA